AGUGACGUCAGACGAGGAAGUGGAACUCCGGCAGCAGUUGUCAGAAAAGAUGAGCAACAACUGCAGCUCUAACUAAUAUUAGCUUGCCGUCACAUGCCAUAAAAAAACGCAUCAUUGGUGUAUUAAUGGAGACAGAAUACGUUGGGCUGAAAGGUCGCUGUAAAUGACUUCGAGAUGACUCAACAGUGGCUUGGAUAUCUGGGUUUGUGGCUUUCUUACAUUCGUUUUACCCACUUUAUGGUAUUUGAUUUACCUUUAGGCAGGCAGCAAUAACAUGAAUAACAAAUCAUUGUUAAAUAUGUUUUUUCACAUUACACGCUUAUUUCUAUAACACUAUAGAGUACCAUUGAAACCAGUACAGACAAUGUCACUGGGUGAACAGUCUCAAAAGUGGUUUCCAACUCAUGUCCAAGCCACAGUUCUUCAAGCUGCUAAUUUACAGCCCAAGGGCAAAAAUGCCACCAAUGAUGCAUACACAAUCAUUCAGCUGGGCAAGGAAAAGUACUCAACAUCAGUGGCAGAGAAGACACUUAACCCUAUCUGGAGAGAAGAAGCUUCCUUUGAACUACCUGGGUUACUUUUGGAUGGCAACCCAGAAGUCUAUGAGUUGUGCUUCAUUGUUAUGCAUCGUUCCUUGGUCGGGCUGGACAAAUUCCUCGGUCAGAGAUCCAUCAACCUUAACGAAGUGUUUGACAACAAGCAGCGACAGAAAACUGACUGGUAUACCUUGCAGUCCAAACCAUCAAAAAAGAAGAAGGAGAGAGGACGCAUACAAGUCAGUAUCCAGUUUAUGCGGAACAAUAUGACAGCCAGUAUGUUUGACCUCUCCAUGAAAGAGAAGCCCCGCUCGCCUUUCUCUAAACUUAAGGUGAAAAUGAAGGGUCGCAAACACGACAGUGACACGUCUUCAGCCAUCCUACCUCGCUCUGCAGCGUGUGACUCGGGUCCUAACCACCAUCCAACUGCCCCAGAACCGCGAACACAGCCCGAAACCAAGGCUAAGCGAUCGCUACUUUCUGGGGCCCAGAAACUCUCUGCAGCCCACUCCAUGUCAGAUCUCAUUGGGACCCACUUUCGAACCAAACCGGACUCCAUGAAUUCCAUAGAAGAAAGUGGUACAGCUGGUCCUCACAGGCGUUCCCAGAGUGAGGUACCAGGCCUCCAAGACAACGAGGCACACGGUGACCCUUUUACUGAUAUCAGUGACACCCUGCCACAGAAGUAUGCCACGCUCCCACGCAACCGCAACCCAUUUGAGGGGGAGCAAGGGCAGCUGUGGGACAAGCCCAAGGAGAAAAAGGAAAAGAUCAGCCUACUGGAACGCAUGACUGGAAAGAAGGAUGGACGCAAGACCACCAAUGGGGGUCGUUCGGGCAGUUCUGGAGACCUGCGCUCCCCCAACCCUUUUAGUGGCGACUCACAAGUACACACUAACCCUUUCGGCUCCAACUACAAAGUAAGUGACAAAAAGCCACCUGGAAAUGAAGACAUCACCCUGGGCCAAGGGAGCAGGGACAUCUACGCCAUGAAAAAUGUCCAGGAAGUGUUACAGGGGAGUAUGGCAGCCUAUAGAAACUUGUCCUUUGAGGAAGUGGUGCAGGAACUCGUCAAGCAGAAAGAAGUGGUGAAAAAGAAAGACGCCCACAUCAGGGAGCUGGAGGACUACAUAGAUAACCUGCUGGUACGCGUCAUGGAGGAAACACCAAGCAUACUCCGCACACCCUAUGAGCCUAAGAAAAAGGCAGGUAAACUCAAUAAAAAGUAGACAGUAGAGGCACAGACAAUAGACUACAAUAGAGAAGAGUCUGGAAUUAGUUUGCACAUCAGUAUUGUGCGAUAAAUGAUGUGUGAGGAAAAUUCAUGAUUCAUUAUAAUUGUAGUUUUAAUAGACAAACACUUAUCAUCCUUUGCCCAAUUACAUAUUUCCAUUCAUAAACUGUUAAAAAUGACCGAUACUGUGCUCUUUAGGUACUUAAACAAACUUAUCAGUGCAUUUUAAUCAAAUCCACUUAUUUGACACUGCUCUGAUUCAGUUUCAAUGUUUGCACUUGUGAGUUAACAGUGGUCUGUUGGACUCAGCUUCUAUCUUGUGCUUACCAGCUCUUCAGGUUAAAAAGAAGCCAAAUUUGAGUUUAGUAUAAGCUGUAGAAGCAAUCGUAUGCUGUUUAUUAGAACGUGAUUGUGAUUAAGCAAUUUGUAACACACGUUUACACUUAACACACUCUUAAGCCUGCCACAUUUAGUCAGGCUGUUCAUUCCAGAGCUGCUUCCUAAAAUUGUCUCUCCUCUUGCUUGUUAGUGUUUUAAAUGAGCAAAGUCACCAUUUUUCAUCUAAGUCCCUAGAUUGUGCUUACUUUUGCUUUAAUUGUGAAGACUAUCAUUUAAGGGUAUUGGUGAACGUUUUUAGUCGGAAAUUCUAUUUUUACUUAGAAGUGCAAUAAUCCUAAUUUAAUUAUCUUUCUUUAUGUUAUGCUGGAAUUUAAUGGAAUAUUUCAGUUUAUCUCAACUUUUAAUGUUAAUGGGGAGUAUUUUGAUUUGUUACCUAUUUACCGGCCUUCAUCUCUUUCAAUACGAAGUACUGGGGUGUAUGUAUUGAUUGACGCUGUCACAGCUCUGUUAUAUUUGAAUACUAAGGUAUUUGUAUGGUACUUGAUGUCAUCCUGCUACUGUAUCCCAAUACCCUCCCCAUGAUUUUUGUGGUACUAACACUGGUAUAAAAAGGUUUGUAUUAUGGAUUGAUGAAGUAAUGUAGAAACCUAAUCUGUUAAAAUAAUUUUUGUAUGCACUGUACCACAGUACAUCGCAGCACUUUGUUUUUGUAUCCUCUGUUGAGUCCAAACGCAAACAGUGUCUUCCGUGCAAAGUUGGUAAACACAAAAUUAUUAGGCAAAAAUUGUAAACUGACACUGUGUUGUCAUCACACUCUGAUUUUGUUAGCUGCAAGAAAGCUGUUGAAUCGCACUGCUGUUUCUAAUAUGAACAUCAACAAUAUAAACCACAUUUACAGGGGAGGAAAUGUUUAUUUGAUCCCAAAGACAUGAGCACUCUAUAAUUUUAAUGGCAGGUUAAUGUUAACAGUGAAAUAUCUCAAAGAAAAUCCAGAAAAUCACAUUUAAUAAAAGAUUAAUAUGUAUUUGCAUUUCAUUGAGUGAAGAAUUUGAUCCCGCUCCAACAAUAAAGAAUUCUGUCUCCCACAGACUAGUCCUCUCACUUUAAGAAAGUACUCGUAGUCUAAAUCUUUUAGCUGCAUGAAAGAUACCUGUCUCAACUUGUGACCUUUAUAAAGACACCUGUCCACAGAAUAAUCAAUCAAUCAGACACGAACCUCUCCAUCAUGGGCAAGACCUAAGAACUUUCUCAGGACAUCAGGGACAAGAUUGUUGACCUGCACAAGGCUGGAAUAGGCUACAAGACCAUUGACAAUAGGCUGGGUGAGAAGGAGACAACUGCUGGUGCAAAAAUAAAAAAAUGGAAUAAACGUAAAAUAACUGUCAAUCUCCCUCAGUCUGGGGCUCCUCGCAAGAUUUAACCUCGUGGGGUAUCAGCGAUCAUGAAAGAGGUUCGGCAUCAGCCCAGAACUACACGGGAGGAGCUUGUUAAUGAUCUCAGGGCACCUGGGACCACAGUCACCAAGAAAAACAUUGGUAACACACUACUCCGUAAUGGGCUAAAAUCCUGCAGCGCCUGUAAGGUACCUCUGUUCAAGAAGGCACAGGUACAAGCUUGUCUGAAGUUUGACUACGAACACCUGAAUGAUUGGAAGAAGGUGAUGUGGUCAGAUGAGACAAAAAUCGAGCUAUUUGGAAUCAGUUUGACUCUCCGUGUUUGGAGGUAGAGGAAUUCAGACUAUGACCCCAAGGAACACCAUCCCCACUGUCAAGCAUGGAGGUGGAAACAUUCUGCUUUGGGGGUGUUUCUCUGCAAAGAGGACAGGUCAACUUCACCGCGUUGAGGGAAAUAUGGAUGGAGCCUUGUCCCAUGGAAAACUGGGUGACAACCUCCUUCUCUCAGCCAGAAAACUUAAAAUGUGUCGUGGACGGGGCUUCCAGCACGACAAUGACCCAAAGCACACAGCCAAGGAAAUGAAAGUAUGACUAAAUAAUAAGCACAUUUAGGUCAUGGAGUGGCCUAGCCAGUCUCCAGACCUAAAUCCCGUAGAAAAUCUGUGGAGGGAGCUGAAGAGUUGUGUUCCCAAGGCACAGCCUCGGCACAUUAAGGAUUUGGAGAGGAUCCGCAAAGAGGAGUGGUCCUCCCGAGAUGUGUGCAAACCUGGUUAUCAACUACAAGAAACAUCUGACCUCUGUACUUGCCAACAAGGGGUUCUCCACCAAGUACCAAGUAAUGUUUUGAUAGGGUGUCAAAUACUUUUUUUCCCCUCAACGAAUUGCAAAAUAAUUUGAAUCUUUUGUUUUAUAUGAUUUUCUAGAUUUUGAUAUUCUGUCUCUCCUUGUUAAAAUACACAUUAAAAUUAUAUACAGUUCAUGUCUUUGUCAGUGGGUAAACUUAUGAAAUCAGUGAGGGAUCAAAUAAUUACAGUGCCACCAGGAACUAGUCACACCCCUUCACGUUUUCCACAUUUUGCUGUGUUACAGACUUAUUCUAAAGCUGGUUUGAGUAUAGUUUUCUUUAAAAAAAAAUAAAAAAAUCCUAUAAUGACAAAGUAAAAACAUAUUUUCAGACAUUUCUGUAAAUUUAUAAAAAAUGUAAACAUUCACUGUGAUUGGCUGGCGACCAGUUCAAGAUGUACCCCGCCUCUCGCCCGAAGAUAGCUGGGAUAAGCUCAAGCACGCCCGCGACCCUAGUGAGGAUAAAUGGUCACUAAGGCGGUGCUCCGGUGUUCCCUUGCGGCGAUAGAACCAUCCAGAAGGUCGACCUUUGCUAGCACACUCCACCAAUCAGGCCUUUAUGGUAAAGUGUCCAGAUGAAAGCCUCUUCUCGCUACAAAUCACUUGGCAGCCUGCUUGUAGUUUUCCAAAAGGCACCUUAAGGAUACUCAGAAAUAAAAUUAUCUGGUCUGAUGAAACCAAAAUAGAACAUUUUGGCCUGAAUUGCAAGUGUCAUAUCUGGAGAAGAAGGGGCACUGCUCAUCACCUGGCUAACACCAUCCCUCUGUGAAGCGUGGUGGUGGCAGCGUCAUGCAUGCUGUGGGGCUGUUUUUCUGCUGCAGGAACUGGGCGACUAAUCUGCAUAGAGGGUAAGAUGACAGCUGCCAAAUAUAGAGAUUCUUCAAGAGAACUUGCUCCACAGUGCUCUUGAACUCAGACUCGGGCGCCGAUUCACCUUCCAACAUGACAAUCACCCAAAGCACACAGCCAAGAUAACAAAGGAGUGGCUUCAGGAGCAGCCUAUGAAUGUCCUUGAGUUGCCCAGCCAGAGCCCGGACUUGAAUCCAAUCGAACAUCUCUGGAAAGACCUCUAAAAAUGGCUGUCCACCAACGCUCCCCAUCCAACCUGACUGAUCUUGAGAGGAUCUGCAGAGAAGAAUGGGAGAAAAUUGCCAAAAACAGGUGUGGCAAGCUCGUAGAGGCAUACCCAAGAAGACUUGAGGCUUUGAUUGCUGCCAAAGGUGCUUCAACAAAAUAUUAAGCCAAGGGUGUGAAUACCUAUGUACCUAUUAUGUUUAAAUGUUUACAUUUGCACAACUGUCUGAAAAUGUUUUUACUUUGUCAUUAUGGGAUAUUUUAAGUAGAUUUAAAAAAAAAAAAAAAAAAAAAAAGAAAACUAUACUAAAAUCAGCUUUAGAUUAAGUCUGUAACAGUAAAAUGUGGAAAAAGUGAAGGGGUGUGAAUACUUUCUGGUAGCACUAUAUUUCCUCCACUGUAAUUUGUGCUUAACGGUAAAAAAAAAAAAAAAAAAAAAAAACGGUUCAUGCACACAUCUUUACAUUUACAUUUAUUUAUUCCUUGGAGAGAAAGCAGCUGCGUCCUGUACAGUGUUAUAACGUGUUUUAUUGGCAAUAUGGCAGUCUUACACCCAAAGUUACAUCUGGUGACUGUAAUCGCCUUCUCCUGUUGAUUGUAUCAUUCCUGGUAUAUGUGUUCCAACUUUGCGCUUUAUGAUACCAAAUUCACAGGUGAGAUGGAGUGUUUUUUCAAAAAUAUUUGUUGUGGCAAGCAACAUUACUUUUUGCUGCCUUUAAAGUAGUUAUUUUACAUGAAUGUACUGUGUGUGGUUUUGUACAGAAAGCCAAUAUAUAUAUAUAUUUUUUUUUUUUGUUAGUGAUUGUAUUUUAGUCGGAAUACAACACGGUGUUAUAUGUAAAGCUCAACAAUGUCCUUGAACCUAACUGGCCUUUCAAUUAUUUUGUAGUUCCAAAGAAAAUUAUUGCAUUCAGAUACAUUUAUUUUGGCUUCCACAUCUCAAUUACUGGACAAACAAAUAAUAUUGAGCUUCGUGUAAUUUUUAUUUUAUUUUUUACACAAUUGAGGUGUCUUGGCAGGAAGUUUUGUGAUUUAGCUGAUAAUUUAUUUUAGGAUGAAGACUAUGAAAAAUGUAGUUAAGAAUAUGUUUUCCAUUCUGGAAAAUCCACUCACUGAUUGCCUUCUUGUGUGAGCUCUCGUUACACAAUUAUCUACUGCUGAAGUGUAUACGCAUAGUUAGCAAAUUAAAAUGGACCUUACCUGGGGGUUGUAAUAUUUCAAUUGCAUUCAAUCAUUGUUAUCACAUCCCUUUUCUGGUCGGCUUAUUGCUCAUUUUGUUGUGCUUUAAAAUAUUUUAAAAUGCAUCUAUUAUGGAUUUGCAAGUGCAAAAAAUAUUGCAGAAAAUUCCCCACCUAUUUUUCAUUCAAGCUAAACUUGAAAGUGGCAAAUUGUGAUAUGAAAUUCAUUCUCUGGAAUUUCAAUUGUUUUACAACUCAGGCAUUUUAUUGUUGAUGAUCCGACAAGCCAAAUAAAUCAAUAGAUUCCUAUCAGCCUUAGAGACAACAGCAUGUAAUUUAUGCUUAUUCCCACCAGGUGCCUGCAGAGUGAAGGCACGUAGCAUCUAUCUGCUCUACUCAUAAUGAUGAUAUAUGAAUGCUAAGGAUGAGAUACAUUCAACAUUGAACACAUUUGGACCCUGAAGGGGAUUUAGUUCACAUGAAAGAAAGUGAUUGUGUUGGAAUGAAUUCAUUUUGCUUGUCAUUUUUUGCCUUUUAGCCUGAUUGCUACAUUUGCUUUAUGUUUUAAUAUAAUUUGGUUCUUUGGUAGAUGUCAAACUGCAAUACACAAAUCUAAAAUGAAGAGCAUUUUCAAAAUCAUUUUCUAGCACAACACUGAAAGGGGGUGACUAUAAUUAUUAUACUUAUUCUAAGCAGUCUGAUGUUUUUUUCAUCCUGUCAAUGCCGCUUGUUGAAUGUGCAAAACACUAAAUAUGCUCGGAGGUAAUGUUUACUAUAAAACACACAAGUAUUCUCCACAGCAAUUAGACAUAUGGCCAUAACAUGUCUGACUGAUGUGUAAAAUUGUUGUGGGUGAUUGUAGCUCACACCAUAAAACAUUGCAAAGGUUCUGAUGAAACAUGA